GAAAUAAUGCAUAAAACGACGCCGUUCAUGUUAUUAAGGGAAAAUCCUCUGCCAGUUCCUCACAUCUCGACUAUAAAAAACCGAACGAGCACACAUGCGCACACCCUAGUUCAUAACGGGCUACGCAAAGGAAAGGGCGAGGGUGUUGAAGAUCCAACGAAGAGCGGAGAGAACAGAGAUCUGCGUGUGUGUGGACCUGAAAAAUGUUUUACAGGGGUAAAUACAUGGAAGGCAGCGAUGCGCGUGAAAUGGGUGCAAAACGGCAGAGAAUAGUUGAUCAAGGUUCUUCAUUCUAUGGGACUUCCCCUGGUUCAAAUUUUGUGUAUAAUACACCUUCUUACUCAUAUAUCGGCCAACCUCCACCUUUUCCUGUUGUCCGACUUCGUGGGCUGCCUUUUGAGUGCUCUGAAGCUGAUAUUGCUGAGUUCUUCCAUGGUCUGGACAUAGUUGAUGUUCUCUUUGUCCACAAGAAUGGCCGCUUCACUGGUGAAGCUUUUUGUGUUUUGGGGUAUCCACUUCAAAUCGAUUUUGCCCUUCAGAGGAACAGGCAAAACAUGGGAAGGAGAUAUGUUGAAGUUUUCAGGAGCAAGAGGCAGGAAUAUUACAAGGCUAUAGCAAACGAAGUUUCUGAUGCUCGUGGUGGUUCGCCACAUCGAAGUUCUAUGAGGAUGAAAUCAAAUGAUGAGGGGAAGGAUUUGGCUGAACAUACAGGGGUUUUGCGACUGAGGGGAUUGCCGUUUUCUGCCACCAAGGAUGACAUUAUGGAUUUUUUCAAAGAUUUUGCAGUGUCAGACGACUCAAUUCACAUGACACUCAAUUCAGAUGGGAGGCCAACUGGUGAAGCAUUUGUGGAGUUUGCCAGCCCAGAGGAUUCAAAGGCAGCAAUGGCUAAGGAUAGGAUGACACUUGGAAGUCGCUAUAUUGAGCUGUUUCCUUCAUCUCAUGAGGACUUGGAUGAAGCUGUUUCAAGAGGCCGGUGAAUCUUAUUUUCUUGUGCCUUUCCUCCUUUUUCCAUUUUGUAUUUGUUAUGACCGUUAGCUUAAUGUUUGGAUUUAUGGCUAUUUAUUUUACUUUAAUCUGGAAGGGAGGAAUGUAGACAGCAUGAUAUUUCAUAUUAGAAGCAAACGUUAGAAACC